UAACUACUUCCUUGUUGUAUAAACCCUUCUCCUUCAUUAUUCGGUUUUCCCCUUCAAAGGCCAUCGUUUUAAAAAAUGCUGAUCCCAGCCGAGUCCGAAUCUACCCAUGAUAGCAAUGAAGACCAUCUUUUGCAAGAGCUACAAUGCAUCACGAGCACUAAGCCUAUGAAUCAGUUUGAGAUGUCUACAUCUCCGCAGUCACCACUUUCGAGAGAGACACAACGAGAAUAUCAAUCAGAUCAGCCAUUCCCACAAGAUGAAUCUAUAAUCGAGGGACACCUCCUCUGUUCGUGGAGUGACCAACUCGCUAUUCUACUCCGAGAGAACGAAGCAGCUGAGGAUGAAAGUUAUGAACCAGCUGCACCCACGACUGAUGUGCUUGAGCCCAGAAAGCCUGAGACUCCACCACGAUGGACGGAACUGCUCAAGCAUGUAUCGAAUGGCCCUCAGAUGACGGAAGAGUCUGAAAUAGACGAUCUUCACCUUGAAGAGGAUGACUUGAUUUCCAUUCGCUAUGAGGAGGUGAAAAGUUUGAGCAUUGAGAUUCGUUUUGAUUGUUAGAGUCUCACGCCUUUUGUGGUAUCUAUCGUAACGAAACUUGAGCUUUGGAAG